CUGAAUAAGGGAUUUGAUUUUUGCUUCUGUUUUUUGGUGCUUGGACACCUCUGCCUGCCUGUAAUCUGUCUCAGCUGAGUCUGGAAAAGGAAACAAACCAAAAAACCCUCAACCCUGUAUUGUGAACGUUUGCUGCAGAGCAUUUCAUGAGAUGAGAAAAAUCCGGAAUUAUUCUCCUUGAGCCAGAAGCAUGAGAGGAAAAGAAAUGACUCAUCUGUUUACUUUUAAAAAUCCUUUUUAAGAACUCAAACGCGCCUGAUAAAUUGUUAGCAUUUUACCCAACCAGCCUCCACUAUUAACUCCUGGCAUUUCUGUAGUCUUGCACUUGCCGUAGCAUCUAGCUGCCAAAUCCAAGGAUUUACAAGUCUCAGGAGAGACUUGGGAGAUUUCCUGCUUCCCUGACUUGGCCAUUUUUUAGCCUUUGUUUGUGGGUUUGGUUUGUUUGGUUUUUUUUUUUUUUUUUUCUUUCCCUUUUCCCUGUCCCCUUUGCAGGUUUGUCAGUCCUUACAAACAAUCUAUGCAAGCAAAUCAUUUCUGUAAGUGCCAGAGCCGGCGGAGCUCUUCGCGUGCUCUCAGACACAGACGCCUCCCCAGGCCGGGACCCCUCACCCAUCCAAUUUUGGAGUGGUGCUGCCCUCCUUAUCACCCCGCCGCCGCCGUGCCUGCGGGACGUGGGGAAGCGCCUCACUCCUACCAGCCUGCCCGCCAGCAAGGACACGCAUUUUGCUCGUAGGGAGCAGGAUUCAGCUGCGUGCAGGUGAAAAAUGUAAAUUUGGGGUGCGCCGGUGCUUUCCCAUGGUAACGGAGUUGAGACUGGACAAGUUUCCAUGGCCAAAUUAUGUGGGUGCUGAUGCUCCUGGCAGCCUGGAGCCGCCGCGGGUCCCGCUGACGGCGAUGUAGAGGCAGCACCAGCAGAGCCCGAGAAGCCCUGCAACAUGGAGGAGCUGUACAAGGAUGCCCCAAACCUGCCCAUGGACGUCACCAGCCCACCCUCGGCGAUGGCCAACAACAAGCUGGAGAACGGGGUGGCCCAGCUGAUCACGGCGGAGGCCUGGAACAUCAACUCGGCUGACCUGAUGAAGAAGGCCCUGUCCCCGCUGGUGACGGUCCCCGCGCCCUCCAUCCUGACACCGCCGGCCGAGUCGCAGAGCGGGGUGGCCCUGAAGGUGGCGGCCACCGUGCUGCAGCCCAUCUGCCUGGGGGACAGCCCCGUCGUCCUGCCCAUCCACCUGCAGGUCGCCGGCAGCGCCGCCCCGCAGAUGCCGGCCACUAACGCCACCACCCCCUACGUCAUGACCACCCAGGGCCCCGUCCCGCUGCCCGUCCUCCUGGAGCAGCAUGUCUUCCAGCACCUGAACUCGCCCCUGGUGCUGCCCCCGGGGGCCACCUGCCCCGCCAGCCCCCUGCACGCCGGCCUCUUCCCCGGCGCCGCCGCUCCUGUCGGGCAGCCCCAGCUCCUGGACCCCAAGCCCUCUGGCCAAGCACAGGAGCCCGUCCUGCCCCCCGUCUUUCAGACGCCGGGGUUCGCCGCCGUCCUCCAGGACCUGUUUCCCUCGCAGGGCGCCUUGGGCUCUGCCCCUUGCCAGCCCCCCCCAGACUACGCCGCCCUCCCUCCCCAGGCCUUCAGCUCGCCCCUCUCCCCGCUGGUGCCCCCCGCCACGCUGCUGGUGCCCUACCCCGUCAUCGUCCCCCUGCCUGUCCCCGUCCCCAUCCCCAUCCCCGUCCCCAUCCCCGUGCCCCACGGCGCCGAGGCCAAGGCGGCCCCCGACCCCCCCAAGCCGCCGCUCUUCACCCCCCACUCCUGCAAGGGCACCCAGACGCCCCUGGAGAAGGAGGAGACGAAGCCCUUCGACCUCCUCCACCCGCGGGAGUUGCCCCAGCUGAGCCGCCACACCGUCAUCAAGAUGGGCGGCGAGAACGAGGCGCUGGACCUCUCCAUGAAAGGGCCACCCGGGCCUCGGCCCGGCGAGGCCACCCCGCCGCCGCCACCGCCGCCGCCGCCCGAGGACGGGGCGCUGGACCUGUCCCUGGCCUCCUGCCGCAAACCGGCGGGGCCCCACGGGGAGGCGGCCGGUACCGGCCCCGCCGCCGAGGCCGGCGCUCACCCCACGCCGGACAAGCUCCCCGGCGUGGCCGCCCCCUUCGCGCCCUGCAAGGCCCAGGAGGCGUCGGGCAAGGCGGAGGGCAGGGGAGCGGGCGGCGGGGCGGCCGAGCUGCUGCGGCAGCCGCAGAAGUGGCUGGUGGAGCAGGCGGGCCGGGCGGGCUGCGAGCCCAAGGCCGGCAACAACAUCGAGAUCGUCAGCACCUCGCAGACAGCCAAAGUCAUCGUCUCCGUCAAGGACGCCGUGCCCACCAUCUUCUGCGGCAAGAUCAAGGGCCUGUCGGGGGUCUCCACCAAAAACUUUUCCUUCAAAAGGGACCUGCCCCAGGACUCGGUGCUGCAGUGCUACGACGUGAAGAGCCCGCCCGAGCCCCGGGACAGCGCUGAGGCCCUCAGGAAACCCGUCAAAAACAGGAGCGUAAAGCUAAAGAAAAUGAACUCGCCGGAGAUACAUAUUCUUCCAAUCAAGAAGCAACGGCUCGCUGCCUUUUUUCCAAGAAAGUAAAUUAUGGGUUUUUAGAAUUUUAAGAUUAUUAUGAGAAGAAGAAAAAAAAAUAAUAAAAAAGAUGCACUUGGUUUUAAACUCAUUUAAAACUUUAAACUAUCUUUGUAAGUUAUUUUUGGGGGAAGGGGGAGAGGAUUGGAUGUAGAGUCCCUAUAAGCUGGGUUGGUUUUGUUUUGUUUUGUUUUUUUCUUUCGUUCUUUUUGUUAUCGAAUUUUGACUUUUCAUGGGAAACUGAAUAAAAUGCAACCUAUUUUUCAAGCAGAUUGCACAUUUUGCAGCUUUAAUGGAGUAAUGGAUGAGUCAGAGUGGUAAGAGCUAUUUUCACUGCCAUAAAGUGCUUUGAUGAUGUAAUUCUUCAUAACGGUUGGUAUGGAAAUUUCAAAAUAAAUGUUUGUACGUGCUAAUCGGUUGCGGCAUUUUUUGUCAUUUCUGAAUCACUUUCAGUGUACAGAGGAGGUUUGGCAAAAAGUCUGUAAACUGUAAAGCGCCGCGCGACUGAGUUGUGAUGAGCCUAAAAUGUUAAGAAAAAAUAGCAGGCUAAGAAAAAUUAUAUUGUCCCACAGCACUGUCGGAGAGCAUGUCACAACAGCCGCUAACGAUGUGUCCAAACGAGCUUCCGGAGGAGCAAGAGCGAGUGAGCGGUACAGCCCAGUGCGCACCAAAUGCCAGCUCCAGUGCGGGACACCCGUAGGAAACGGUCUUAAUAUUAUUAAGUAAUAUCAGCAGUCAUUUAAAAGAGAAAAGCCUAAAAGUCAGGGGAAUUCGGUUGCUGGGGAGCAGGAGGGGAAGGAAAAGUCGCAUAAUUUUUCCCAGCCUGACUAACGAUAUAUGGAAAAGUUGUUUAUUGUUAGUUUUCAAAGUUUCUUUGAUGGCUGAAAUCAGUGCACGUGAAAGAGCAGACUGUGUAACUUUAUCGCUCGGCAGUGUACAAGCCGCCCACGUCAAUGGAGAAAUGUGAAUGUACAAUUAAAAUAAAAGUUCUGGUAGGUGA